AUGAACCUCCCAGCCUUCAUCCUCCUGCUCCUCCACGCAGCCCUCACCACCACAUCCCCCAUCUUCUCCGCCCCAACCGCCUACGAAUCCGCCAAAGCCCUCCUCGAAGAAGGCCUAUCCCUCACAACCCCCCACCAAAACAACACCCACCUCCUCACCCCGCGCCAGGCCUCGCCCAAUCCAGGCCUCCCCGCCCCAUCGCGCGCCUGGACAUGCUACCGCGGCGGCGACUCCUCGCACGGCGUGCUGCAGGCGAUGCACGUCGUCUUCAACACCCUCUUCGGCGCGCCGCGCCUCAGCGCCGGGCCCAACCAGUGCCACGUCGCCGUGUGCGGCGCGUUCCACCUCUCGUGGUGCAACCUGGGCGUCGAAGCCGGGGAUGAGAACGCCGGCGCGCGGGAUAUGGCCGUCGCGCAGGACCCCGGGAGGGGGACGAUGUGCAUGGCGGCCGUGGAGGGGCUCGGGUUCGACCCGUACAAGUUUUACUACUGGGGACGGGUCGAUGCGGUUUGGACGCCAUGGUAUGGGGGUGGGAGUACGGUCAAGACGUGUUAG